AUGGCGUGCGGGCAGGUGGAGACUCUGAAGCGCGUGCUCGAGUUCGGCGACGCGCGAGGCGUCGACUUUGGCUUUGGUUUGGGCAACGGAAGGCUCUGUGCGAUCGAGGCGUGCGGACGAGGGCAAGACGACGUCGUGCGAGUACUUUUUAAAGACGGCCGAGUGAGCACGGAGGUGGUGAAUGGGUACGGGAGAACGGCGCUGCUCGAGGCCGCUCUGGAAAAUAAACUCGAGUGCGUUCGCGCGUGCCUGGAGGCGGGCGCGAACGUUGAUUUCACGACGAAGAUGCAGGGGAACACAGCCGCGCAUCUCGCAGCGCAGAGUGGACACGUCGAGGUGUUGAAUCUGCUUCGCGACGCGGGCGCGAGGAUGGAUAUCGAGCGCUUCGGCGACUUGAAGACGGCGCUGCAGUUGCAUCGAGAGGCGAUCGCGAGAACGAUGAAGACGAUGCUCGACAGAUGA